GCCGGGGUAACUUGGGCUUUGCCGGGCGAACAGAAGCGACAGACCUAGAGGAGUUAGAGCGGCAGAGAGAGAUUUAGAAAUGGAAGAAGCAAAAGAAGUGGUGAAGCACGUGUUACUUGCUAGGUUCAAAGACGAGGUAAAAUCAGAAAAAAUUGAUGAGCUGAUCAAACGCUAUGCUAAUCUUGUCAAUCUUAUCGAACCCAUGAAGGCUUUUCAAUGGGGCACUGAUGUGAGUAUUGAGAAUCUGCAUCAAGGUUUCACUCAUAUCUUUGAAUCUACCUUUGAGAGCACAGAGGGUGUUGCAGAGUAUGUUGCUCAUCCUGUGCAUGUUGAAUUUGCAAACGAGUUCCUGUCCCAUUUGGACAAAGUUCUUGUGAUAGACUACAAACCUACUACUUUGCGAUCCUGAAUUGUACUGGUAAUGCAGUCAAAAACUAUCUUGCUUUUGUUAUCUCUGGAUUUUAGGUCCAUUAUCUUGAAUAAGAUUGGAGAAUCAUAUGUAUGUGAUGCUAAUGAUGAUGAAAUACGUGGUGCUAUAAACAUAAAUUUAAGAGAAUAGUUGGAUACUCUCAAAUUCUGUUUGUUUCUGUUCAAAUUAGAGCUUUAGGAAUGUGUUUAGGUUGUAAAUUGAACUAUGUUGUUGAAAGAAAUUGGUCAUUUGGGCUUCUUAUUAA